CAGGCUUCACUUCCGCGCUGCUCUCAUGUCCUCCACUCAAACUCCGGACUUCAUCUUUUGUUUUUGUCUCUGUUUUACACUUUUAUUUCGCACUUUUUACAUUUCGUGAUCCGGAUACGUCGCCGCUCGGGCCCUGACGGUCUUGAUGGACUCGAGGUUGAAGGACGUGGGGGUGCAGUGGGAGCCUCCAGAUGUGGACCUGGACCAGGACUUGGACCGGGUCUCGGGUCUGGGUCCGGGUGAAGUCCGCUCGUCCCUCGGGGGUCACGGGGGUCACAGGGAGGUCGGAGUUCAGUGCGACAGGACCGAGACCGCCGAGUCCGGAGUCCAGGUGGAUCUGGUCACUCAGGUCCUCUCAGGUCCUUCGAUGGUUCUUCAGUGUGUGAGUGUGAGAGCAGAGGGACCAGAGGGGGGCGCUCUCCUGCAGCACUGCCACAAACCCAGACCCAGAGGCCGACCCAGACUCAACCGGGACCAGACCAGGACUCAGAACCCGACCAGGAUCACACAAGAGACCGGAGACCAGACCAGGACCACACCAGAGACUCAAGAUCAAACCAAGACUGUACCAGAGACCAAAGACCAGCUCCAGGGGGAUCCAAACCGGACCGGACCAGACACCGAGGACCAGACCAGGACUAAAACCAGGACUCGGACUCGUGAGAUCCGGCCCUCGCGGAGGUACCAGGAUUAUGAGACCCCGGGGAGUCCAGAACGGAAAAGAAGAAGAGGAGCAGAAGAGGAGAAAGACUCAGAGAAGACCAAAGCUACAGAGGAGGACGAGAACAGAACCAGGAACGACCCAAACUGGACUCCACGAAACAGAGCGGCUCCUCAGAACUGCGUGUCCCAUGAUGCCGCGGUGCGUGUGAAGGAGGAGGCGGGGCUUGUGUCGGCGGGGGGCGUGGUCUGUGACGUCUGCGGGAAAGUCCUGAAGACCAAAUCGAGUCUGUCCCGACACGCUCUGGUCCACAGCGGCAAACAGCCCCACAGCUGCAGGUUCUGCCCCCUCAGGUUCAACAGGAAAGAUAACCUGCGACAUCACCUACGCGUCAUGCACCCCAACGGCCCCGCCCCCAGAGUGAAGCUCCGCCCCCCACCGCUCACCUGGCUCUGUCACACCUGUGGAAAAACCUUCAGCCACCGCUCCAGACUCAAGACCCACGAGCAAAUCCACACGGGAAUCAAACCCUGCCAGUGCCCACUGUGCCCCAAGGCCUACAUGAGGAUGAACGACCUGGAGCAUCACCUGAAGAGGCUCCACCCUCACGGCGCCGCGUCACCGCCGCCGCCCUCUCAGCUGCUGUGUCACCUGUGUGGGCGGAGCUUCAGUUGUAAGUCCCUCCUCUCGCUGCAUCUGCAGAAGCACACGGGCGAGCGGCCGCACCUGUGUCACCUGUGCGGACGCAAGUUCAGCCGCAAACAGCAGCUGCAGGUGCACCGCGCCGCCGUGCACCCGGGGGAGGGGCUACGGCCGCGAGGGGAGGGGCUCCUGCAGCGAGGGGAGGGGCUCCUGCAGCCAGGGGAGGGGCUACAGCGAGAGGACGGAGAAGAGGAAGAAGAGAGAGGAGAGGAGGAGAACGGAGAGAAGAACAGUGUGGUGUGUGACGUGUGUGGGAGGAGGCUGCGUUCGUUGGACGUGUUGGAGACUCACAGAAUGAUUCACUCUGGAGAAAAACCGUUUCAGUGCAGCAUCUGCGGCAAAAGCUUCCUGCGAGCACAGACCCUCAAACAGCACCAGCUGCACUUCCACGCUCGGCCUCAGGCGUCGGGCCCCGGGGCCGGGGCUCUGGGGGCCGGGGCUAUGGGGGCCGGGGCUCUGGGGCCGGGGCUCUGGGGGCCGGGGCUCUGGGGGCCGGGGCUCUGGCGCCGGCCCGGCCCUGCUCCUUCCCCUGCUCCGUGUGCGGUCGCUCCUUCAGGUUCCCGUCGCUGCUCUCCGCCCACAUGACCACGCACUCGGACGAGCGACCGUUCGCCUGCGACCUGUGUCCUCGCUCCUUCCGCCGCGGCAGCCACCUCAAACGCCACAUGGAGGGCGUGCACCCCGACGGCCGGCCCCGCCCCUCGCACGUCUGCCCCAUCU